UUACUAACUAAAUAGUGUUUAUAUCAUGUUUUCAAUUGCGCACCCGUAAUAUAUGGCAUGUAAGAUACCGUAAUUAACCACCAGUCUCAAAAUCAAAUUUAUAAUUGAUUUCCGUUUUUUUUUAUUUUCCUACAGUCGUGUUUUUAUAAUUUCCUUUAUAUUAUUUGUUAAGUCGUUUAUAAUCCGUUUAAAAUUGUUCUCCACUUUGGGUGCUUAAUGACAAGGCCAGGCCAUGUUAGUUGUGAGCCAAAACUAGCACACACUAUAAAUUUUCCAGCAGAACCAGUUAUUUAAAUUAUAAUGUGUCGAGAACAUAUUCGAUAUGGGACAUUAUACAUACUUAAUUCAGCGGCUCGAUAUCGAAUUUCCUCAAAAUAAACGGCUUGAUAGUUUUGUGGCUAUUAUGAAAUUCCACGGCUAGUCCCAUGUAACUUCGUAAGGAUAUUCCAAAGGUGGCAAUCAAACAAUUCAUUACCAUUUUACAUUUCAGUAUAAUGGAAGUGGUGGCCAAUGAGAAAAACAACGCCGCAAACAGUGAGAAAAUAGCGAAAGUUUUACAGAAGUUCCUAGAGCCCAACUUUAAACUCAAAAAUGAUGUUUACUUAAAUCUGUUCCUAACUCAUUUGGUUGGAAAGAACUCUGAUCUACAGAACCCACUAACAAAAGAACACAAACAAGAGUUUUUUAAAUGGUUAGUAAACGCGUGCAAUCUUUGGGACCAGACGCAAGUAACACCCCCCAGUGUCAUCGUGUCGUUUGCCUUACACUUAGCCAGUCACUUAUGUUUAGAAGAACAGAUGUUUGUCGGCUUAAAUAGCCGAAACGUUUUUGAAUCUCUAGUGGGUAUAGCUCAGACAAAUUUCAAUAAGGAUGCGAGCGUCACUUUGGGCUAUGUGACGAUGUUAUGUGCCUUUUUGGAGCACAAAAGUGGGUUGCAGUGGGUGCUGGCCACAACCCAUUGGAGCGAAGUCGUUAGUUUGGGCAGGAAUGCGCACACCAUGUACAUAAGGAAAAAAUCAUAUCAAUUUGUUGAAAAGUUGUUGGAAAAAACGAUCUGUUUCAAUCUGCAGUUUUGCGGGAAUUUAGCGGCAAUGCUCAUUAGGCCUCUGAGCGAUGCUCUGAAGACUUUGCCAAUUUCAAAGUCCGGUCAACAUGCGGCGAUUGAAAGCAGCACACUUUACGAAUCUUUAAAACCCAGUUUGGUGUUUAUUUCCGAGGUGAUGGAAGCUCUAGUACGGGGUAUGCAGGGUGCAGUAUUAAAUCUGUUUAUAGCACUUAAAUUGGGCGAAUUAACCGCCAAAUUGCAUCUGCUGAGUCAAAUCGAGGACUUCUCGUUUGAGCUGAUCAAAAUCCGCUGCAUUUUGUUGUUUGCCAAAAUUUCCAAAGAAGCAAAUCCCAUGAAACGAGCGGGCGCCACUCAAAUAGCCCACGAUUCCAUCACGCUCUUUGACAUGAAGACAAUGUUUGAUAUCAUACAGAGUGAAAUGGAUAAAGAUCACGUUAAAUGCGUAAUAAGAAUAUGCCAUUACGCACACACUUUGCAUUAUAGUUUGGCCGAAAAGAUGCCGCUUUGCAUCAGAAAAGGUGAACCUAUCGAGUUCCAGAACCAAAUGGUGCUGUUCCAAAUCAUGCCCAUAAUGGUGUUUUUCAGUCGCGGAGGUAUAACCAAAGAGGUGAUACUCUGCGACGUGUUUCGACGGGAAUUUAUUCAAAAACUGGUCAAAUUGAGCGCUAUCAGGACAGUUGAGAUAUGUUUUAGGUGGAAACAACGCCUUUUGGAAAAGCAAGAUCUGAUCGAAGACAUGAUUUUCGGCCUACAGUACAUGGUGAAGACGAAAAAGCUACUCAAUAAAGAGCGGGCCACCAUAUUUUUUCAGCCGUUGGUGUACGCCUUUAAGGACACUUUGAGCUUCUUGGAAUCGUAUAGUGCAUACAUUCGAGUAGAUGGGCGUAUGAAGCCCAGUUUUGUCAAUUUUGUAAAAACCCUAAUCGAAACCAUCAUCGAUCUGGUACAGAGUUUCGACCUAACGUGGAAGGACAGCAUCGAAACCAUAUCAGUACUGAGUCUUGCCUGUGAAUUUUUAGGAUUCCCCCAUUUGGAGAAAAAGCUUGUGGUGUCCGGGUUGAGACUUUUGAACUUGGCCGUGUCGAAAUACAUGGCGCCUGAUUUGGUGCUACUCUUGGACAGUACUAAAGACUCUUUGAUCUCGAACACCGGAACCCUUUUGUACGCCAAAUGUCUGGAGACUGACUGGGAGAUUCGGGAUACCGCCUUGGAAAAUAUCUACACUUUGUCGUUGAACGCCAAUACGAAGUUUCCUUCAUAUGCCAACAUUAUAGUCGAUGCUGGUCUUCCGGAGUUUGUCUUCCAAAUGGCACUAAACGACCGGGAAUAUUACGUGCGAGGAACGGCCUUCCGAUGUCUUCAUCAACUGAUUCAAAUCCAGGCUGCGUGGGAUGUUUUCAUGGCUGCUGAUCGGUUUCUGGAGAAAAUUCUCAACGUGUUUGACCAUGAAACUGAGGGCGUUGUGCGCAAGGAAGCUGUGCUGCUGAUUUCGAAGAUCUACAAGUUUCAACAUUUUCCCGAGGAACUCCUACCAAGGGUUUACGACGUAAUGACUCACGCAGUUACAGGAGAUUUACAUUGGGAAGUCAAAUAUAACGCUUUAGACUUCUGGUUUGAUGUCUUCGAAGUACACUUAAAUAAUCAGGGUAUGAUUGAUCGCGUUUUUCCCGCAGUGACAUUUUCAAAAGAACAACGCAAAAUUGUUACUCUGAAUGAAACGGAAAUUCGGCGGCGUCUGAUCAAAGCCCUAAACCAGCUGAGUCACACCGGUUGCUUGUAUGUGCUAAAAACCGCAUUUCUGGACGAUUGCGACGUUCAAGUGUCGAAAAAAGCGGCAAAUGCUGUGUCGAAGAUGAUGAAGCUGCUGAAAAUGUAUCAUGUGCCUUGUGAUCACAUAGACAUGAGCGAACCUCCUAGUCCGUGUGUUCAGACCAAUAACAUCACUGCUGCUAGUCCAAGUUCCACUAGUUCAAUCCCCAGUCCGGAAAUAAAUGCGGUCAGUCCGGAGUCUACAAGCGCGUUUAGUCCACAGGUUCCAACUUCCUUGUACGAGUCAUUAAGCCCAUAUUCUUAUCCGGUUAGUUCGCCUAUCAAUGUGGAACAACCCCUUCCUGUUAGUGUUUCGCCUUGUCCAGACAACAAUCCUGCUUCCUCAACUUUUCCUGUUGAAUAUGGUAUGGACUACGUCGAGUCAACACUGACUGAUCAGAUGGUUGCAAUUAAUCAUCAAACCCACAAUAUCAUCCCGGAGGAAGAUGUGGAUUUCACAAGGGACUCGAAUUUUGAUCCUCAGCAAGUCGAAUUGAUAAUGGACGAUCUGUUGAAUUCGUCCGAUUUGACUUUUUUGCAGAAGAUUUACAGUCCGAAUGAUCAGGUGGAAAACAAUGCCUGUCGAAUGCAAACUAAGAUGUAUUUAGCCCCAUCGGAAUUUCUCACAUUUGUCUACCAACAUGCAGAAACGAAUUUUAAAGAAAAAACACAGUGGCUUAGCAGUCUCGAUGAAUUCGAUUCGCUUUUAGAUGAUAUCCUCAAAGAAUACAAUGUGGUGCCUGAUGUUAACAGCAUGGAUUGCUAUUAGUUAAGUGUAGAAUAAAUAUGAUUUUAGAUUGGCUUGGCCAAUAAAACGGUAAGAAAGAAUACAAAUUAGGCUAGUGCUUAUGAAAGUUCGAACAAAUAGAAAACAGGGUAAUAACCAUUUAUAAUUUUUGUAUUGCAAUGGAUUUUUCGGUAGUAUUUGCUUCAUCUAGGAUAGUUCUGAGGAAAAAUAGAGAAAUAUUCGAGUGCAUUGUUGCGAAACUGCCAUGUGUGUUAUAAUGCUUGCUCUCUCGCAGGGUGUUUAGGUUUUUUCGUCAAAUUAAAGCUGAUGCAACAGUUGAUUUUAUUGUUAGAGUAAACUGCAUUUUUUUGUCUAACUGACUGAAAUAAAGCGCCAGUCAUUACUAAUAAGACUAGUGUUUUUUCUCGAUUAUUCGUACAUUGCAAUAAAACUAUUGUUGAUUUAAAA